CUGGAUUUCUUUUGGUGUGUGUCACUAAUAGCAGGGAGAGUAAAGAACCCUGGCCAGAUCUAGAGAGUCUCACAUUUUAAAUAACAACCACUGGCAGGGCAGGAGCCACCAAGUAUUGCCACAUGUCAGAGACCCCUUAAGGUUUCUGAGUUCCUACCUUCUCACUAGCCAGUCAUCUUUCCUCUACCUUGUGUGCAGGACUGGGACAUAAAUCUUUUUGUAUUUGUUCUUGGUGACUGAGGGCUCACCUGGGGAUGCCCAGUCCUUAAAUAUUUUCAGGCAUACCUAUCAGUAGUUGAUAACACUUUUGCUAACUUCAUGAUGGCUGAAAUGUAUUCUGCUGAAGGUUUUAGCAAAAGUUCCAUCAUUUCCAAUACGACUUAUCAUUGUUCUGACAGGACCCACAUAAUCAUCCCCCAUUCCAAUACAUUGUAACUGCCCGGUGGAUCUUCUCUAAUGUGCUUGUUCAUCUCAUGAUCAUCCUUCCCCAUUAUCCUGAGUGAAUUUCUUAGCAUCCUUAAUUUCUCAUCUUAUUAGCUUGCGAUUAUAAGAAUGAGAAGAGCCAUUUCUGGGAAGUGUUUGGAAAAUGACUCUUGCUCUCCACACAUGAUGAACUGUUGAAUUAGAAUGAACUAGAUUCUAAUGAAUCAGAGAGAUCUCAGGAUUGGAAGGAGGAGGUUCGCUGAAGGCCUUCCCCUGUUUCUCAGGAAAGGCUCCUGGAAAGGGCAGCUUGGCUUUUGGUGAAUUGGGGAAGAGCUUGUUAUCAGAUAGGUGAUGACCAUUGGCAGUGUCCCUAACAGUCCAUUCUCUGGAAAUUCUAUUGUAUCCUGGAGAGCCCUUGGCAUCUUCUGUGAAACCACCAGUGUUGUGGCAAUGCCAACUGCCCUUGAGGCAUUCACUAAGUACUUAUAGAGUUCACCAAAUUGACAUGUUGGCAAGACUUAUCACACUGAUUGGCAGAGAGAGCCCUAGUUUCCUAAGGAGGAGGUGAGGCUAGAACUGGACUUUCUAGUAUUGGGGUUCAGUGGCUGUGAUCAUGAAGCAAUGGGCCUAUGUUGCUUAUCCGGGUUCCUAAAGAGCAGGUCCAAGGUGAAGGAUUUCUGAUGGUUCAGUGGCACAGGGCCAGGGAUGGUCAAGUCUACAGUUGCUGUGCUCCUUCAGUUCAUUCUGAGUGGCAAAGAAUGCAACAGGAUGCACAGAACCACUAAUGCAGUAUCAGAAUGGGAUGUUGUUGCACUUUAUGUCUGAUGUAAAUACCAAGGAGGGAAAUUUUCCAUCCAUGUACCCAAGUCAGAGACAUUCAGUUCCUUUUAGUCAUGGACACAGGUUAUGAGGGCUGCAGGCAAAGAGCACUAGGGACUCCUGGACUUCCUUGCAUCACAUCAGGUAUGAGAUGACAAUUCCAAACCAACAUGGCUGGCCUUGCUUAUGUCUUUCAGGGCCAGUGGGGCUGCAGUAGGGGAUGAGGCAUAUAUCUAGCCAUGGUGAUUAGAGACAGACACAUGGAUUAUGAGGCCCAGCUUAAGGAGAGCUGCUCUGAUCUUUGAGGGCUUCACUGGGUUCCAUGCUUUGCCUCUUCCCCAGGCCUACUCUUGGGACAUCACAUGAUCUUCUUGGCAUAUGCCAUUCAUCUGUACAAAUACACUUGUGCUUAUGUACCUACAGGGACUGUUAGAAAGGCAUCAUCCACACCCUUCUUCCUCACUGAGCAAGAGCAGCAGUUGAACCAGGUGGAAAAACUGAAACUUCAGCUACAGAUGAUGACCAAUGACAGGAAAAAACUGCGUGAAUUCCUGGCCCAUUACAACAAUGAGUUGAACAACAGCACCCUCUACAGUCAGCACCUGAGUAAACAGACUCAGCUGAAAGAAAAAGUGAGAAUGUUGCUAGAGGACAAGAAAAAGCUACAGGGAGAGCAGAUUUUACUACAAGAGUCCUGUGAGGAGGCAAAGAGGCUCUGUGAGGAGGCCCAUGAGAAGAUCUAUGACCUCUGGACAAGGCAGCUGCAGGAACUUCAAAGUCAUGAGGAAAAUCUUCAGUCCCUGAUGAAGCAGAAGGAGCUGUUCACCCGGCAAAGGGACUUGGCAGUAAAGCUGCAGCAUCACUUCACUGUGUCCCAGAUGAGGUUUGAAAACCUCCAGCAGGAACUGGAGCAGACCACAGCCCAGGAAGAGAGCCUCCUGCAGAAGGAGAUGCCGGUGCAGAAACAAUAUGUUCCAGCACCUCUUCAGAAAACUGAGAAGGCCUCCUUUUCAGCUGUGAACUCACGAGUGAGACAAAUAUCAACCUACCAUCAGGCAAUCCAGCCACAAUCUGAUCCACAUCUGUGGCUUACUAUUCCCAGAGAAAAGAUUGUAUCAAAAAUAGUCUGAGAUUCAGAGGACAUAACACAAAUUACUAAGAACCCUUACAUCCAUCAGCAUGUGGCCCCAGUGAGGGGCAAAACAAAAUGAAGAGGACAUGUGGGUGAGCAACAGUUCUUCUGUCAGCAUACUAUCACGGGCUUUGACAAGAUGACUCCAUAUGUGAUGGGAAAUCUGACAAGGAAGACUGUGUUAACAUCACACUGCCAUCCAGACAGACCACACCCAAAAGCAUAAGAUCCUCUCUAUGGCAGAGCUGAAGCUGACUCCAUGUCAUGUGCAAGUUUUGCUGAAGAUUAUUCACUGCAGAGAAUAAGCCAGUUCCUCACCUCAUUUGCUUUCCAUAAUGAAAUUCCAAGUGAUCCUGAAAUUUGUUUAAUUUUUUUGUUUAUAUGUUGGGAUAUUUAUGCUUUGGAUUUUGGUUUUCUUCAUUUUGGUUUAAGGUUUUGUUAAUUUUUGUUAUUUCUUAUAUUCUUAUCAUUGAUUUAAUAGUUUGCUAAGGCUAUACAUUAUAUAUAAGGACUGCUGUUUUGAAAGCCCCCAUUGAGUAAAAUGAAUGUGUUUUAUG